AGGGAGGGGAUCCUCAAAAACUUGGGUUAAAGUGUGAUUGAAAAAUCUGAUGCUGGACCGCGCCUACAUGUUUCUGUUUCAGCUGGAGCUCGCACUUGGACGCAGAGAUAACGGGACACGCCGAUAAAAUAACGGGACACGCCGACAACCAAGAAACCCAGAAAAGCAGAAAAUAAAAGAGGACAACAGUUGUACACAGCAAUACAGUAAAUCAGAGCUGACAUUAACGGUCCUGUAAAUCUUCAGUUUGUAAAGCAGAAUCAUUGUCCAUCAUGGCGGUGGUGUUGCGUUCCUCUCCGCUCCUUUGGGCCCGUUUGGCUGCCAUGAUUUUUGCCUGCGUAGCAUUCAGCGUCGCUCUGCACGGAGGGUAUCUGAGCCACGGCACGGGUGACUGGUGCAUCUUCUGUUGGAGUUUCAGUUUCGCUGUAACUCUUUUGAUAGUCUUAGUCGAAUUGUUUGGCCUGCAGACCCGCGCACCUGUUUCCUGGAAGAACUUCCCGAUCACGUUCGCUUGCUACGCCUCGCUCCUCUGCCUGUCCGCCUCAAUCAUAUUCCCCCUUUACUUCCUCAAAGGCUACGGGGGCCGCGACGAGACCAAGAACUAUCGUAUCGUGUCUACUGUCUUCUCCUGCCUGGCCACCAUUGCGUACCUGACCGAAGUGAGUCUCAGCAAGGCCCGUCCAGGAGAGGUUGCCGGCUACAUGGCCACGGCGCCAGGACUUCUAAAGGUGUGCGAGACCUUUGUCGCAUGCAUCAUAUUUGUCUUUAUCAGUGAUCCUAUAUCGUACAACCAGAACGGGGCAACCAAGUGGUGCCUGGCCGUCUACUGCAUCUGCUUCAUAUUGUCGGCAGCCAUCAUCGUGUUGUGCGUAGGGGAGUUCACUGGCUUGCUGCCCUUUUCCUUCGCCCGCUUCCUGUCCUCGUUCGCCCUCCUGGCUGUGGGCAUGUAUCUGUCUGCCACCAUCAUCUGGCCCAUAUAUAAGUUUGAUAAUAAGCACGGAGGUCAGAGCACCAGACCCAAUGAAUGUGGCCGUUACACAGGCCUGUGCCCAUGGGAUAAGCUACUUGCCAUCUCAGUGCUCAGCGCUCUCAACUUUCUUCUUUAUUUGGCCGAUCUCAUUUACUCAGCCAGGCUAGUGUUUGUCAGUGCUUAAGGUGUUUAGCAAGAAUAAGGAUGGAGUAAAACAAAAAGGCGGCAAGAAAAAUGUAUGACAGGAGGAAGGAAGUGGGGGGGGGGGGGGGUUGAAAUGUUGAAAUGCUAGGUCUUGAACUGUAUCAGUGUUAGUUGUUUUAUAGCUAUAUUUCAGUCAUGCCUGUUUAGCAAUCAUUUGUACAGGAAGGAAACGUAUGCUUAGUAUUUUACAAAGCCUGACUAUUUUAUUUUUAUUGGGUACAAAGAUAUGUGUUUUUUUAAAUAAAUUUACAAGUCAAAAGUUUAGACACAAUUUACUGUAAUAAAAUAACCUUAAAGUGUAAGUGUGGGAAUUAUGUACUGACACAAAUAUGUUAAAUAAAUCGAUGUAGUCAACCUUUAUCAGCUUACCAUAUCCUGGGCCUUUCCUCGAUCAAUGUUGAAAAGAUAGUUCACCCAAAAAUAAAAAUUCUGUCAUCAUCCAGACACUUCUAAAUUUCUUUAUUCUGUUGAACACAAAUUAAGCUAUUUUGACCACUUGAUUUUUUUCCUACUAUGGAAUGAGUGGCAGCCGGUGACUUCUUUUUCGAGGGCGCACGAUGCGAAGCUCGUCAAAACAUUUAGCCUGUGAUGUGUGUGGCUCAUCAUGUCAAAAUGUGUGUUCCCCUCGUCAUGUGAACCAAUGUGCAUCAUGCGUCAUGUCAAAAUCAAGCAUGCGGCACAAGCCCUGAAAAGUGAAGCCAAAACGUCUCCAUCGCCCCCCAGUGACUGGUCCCAGUAUCGGUCAUAAACCCCUCCUCCCCCAUGUUAUUCAAUGGGACUUGAGACCAAAUAAACAAUUUAAUUACACUUCAAAUAUUUUUUUCCGAAGCUGGUUUCUCUCAUUUACUGUAGUUUUUAUCACGCUGAUGUAAAUUCAAGUGUUUGUUUUUAAAAUAAGUUAUUUUGAAUUAGGUAUUUAAUCCUAUAAAAAGUGGUUUCACGUCAUAAUUGGCAGCUGUGAUGUGCGCAUUCUGCCAGAGCGAGGGCGGGGCCUUGACCGAAAUUGCUACUGCGCAGACUCAAGACCCAAGAUGUCAGCACCAGAGGGACACUGGCGGCUUCACUUUUCACCAAUGGAAGAGAGCGAAUGGGCGUUGUCCAUUUUUUUUACAGUCUAUGUUCAAAAUACAUGUGUGCUACAGAUUCUUCGAAGGGGUUUAUGAUAAAAGAGACGCGUGUGUUUGCCUAAUAAGAGUUUAGUGUUAAGUUCGUCUCUUGCGAGUAUUUUCGGAACGUGACAGUUUCCUUUAUCAUAAACCAUUUCGACGCGUGUGCAGCCGGGUCGUAUUUUGAUAUUACGCAUGAUGCACAUAGGUUCACAUGACACACCGAACACAUAUUUGGUUAUCACGAGCCACACACGACACUCCAAAAACAUUUUUUUAAUUCCUGCCCCUCGAAAGAAAAGUCACCGGCCGGCACUGUAUGGAAGUCAACGGUGCCCCUGCUUUCUGCUUUUGAUUACAAAUAUCCAGUGUUGGGGAAACACAUUACAAGUAACGUGCAUUACGUAAUAAUAUUACUCGUUAAGUAACGAGUAAAGUAACGCAUUACUUUAUAAAUGUACACAUUAAUAUUGGAGUUACUUUUUUAAAAAAGUAACGCGAGUUACUUUUCAGUUUAAUUAAUUUGAUUUAAAAAAACAAUAAUGUACUAAAUUAAACUAUACGUAGUUACGCAAAAUUAAGCACUGUAUGCGUGCACGCCUGAGCAGGAACAGUUUGAGUCAGAAAAAGAGAUGACAGGACAGAGCUUGACAUUUCUGCGAUGGAAAAAUGCAACUUCUCAUUCAUAUAAAAACACCUGCAAAGCCUGAACGAGAUCAAGCAGUAACGCAAAAGAAAAAGUAACGCAAAAGUAACGUAAGCAUUACUACUAACGCAAUUAGUUACUUUUUUGGGGAGUAACUUAAUAUUGUAAUGCAUUACUUUUAUAAGUAACUUUCCCCAACACUGCAAAUAUCUUAAUUUGUGUUCAACAGAACAAAUAAAUUUAUAUGGGUCCGUAUCAACUUCAGGGUGAGUAAAUGAUGAAUUUUUUGGGUGAACUAUACCUUUAAGAGUCGCAUCCUGGGAAAAUCCAGUGUUGAGAAAGCAGUAUUAAAGGAUUUUCUAUAUGCUGGACUCUUCUUGGCUACUUCUACAAUCAGAUCCAACUCUUGGGUCCAACUUUUAUCUAAUUUUAACUAUUACUGUAGAUCAAAGCAUUUUGAUAAUGAGAAACUUUAACUCAUUCAGCUUUGUCCAAACCUUUGACUGAAUUUUUUCACUUUUGCUCAUUUAUAGUAUUUUUUAAAGAGAUUUUUGUAAAUUUUGACUUUGCACGGCUUUGCAUGAAGAAUACAUUUAUUUUUCUUUGGGAUAUUGUACAAAUGUCAAAUUCCCACAGGAAGAUUUUUAAUACUGUUGAACUAUCUGUUUGCUCUUGAUAUAUGUGAUAUAACACUUGAUAUAUUUUAUUAUAUACUGUAACACUGCUAUAUCCUGUCAUAUACUGGAUUUAAAUUAACCAUUCUCUAAAAUAUAACUUCCAUGCCAUAAGACACAUUGAACAUAAAUACAGAAAGGAAAUAUAAAUGUAUAUUUGGACUUAUCAUUUAAACAUUUAAGCCACCCUAUGGCAUUGAACGGCCUGAAUAUACUGUCAUUUCUAUAUGCAUAGAUGUUAUGCUGUGUGGUCACGUUUUAAAAAUGUAUCUGCGAAUGUUAACCAUGUUUUCCUAUCUCAAAUCUUUGCUGUUUGAUUUCAGCACACAGUAUCAGUUUCACAAACACUCCCCGAGAUGACGGUUACGGUGUCGAGUCUCUGGAUGGCCUGUGCCUGCCACAGACUGUUACAGUUCUCAAUGCUUGAAUGAGAACGUUUCCAUUGUGUUAUCAUUGUGCCUGCUCUCUGUGCAUCUAUCUGUGCUGACUGGAGAACGGCACACACCGCAGCGCUGUGUGAAUGUGUAAUCUAGCUCUGAAUAAAAGCCACCAGAAAGAAA